AUGCAGAGGCUCCGACGCGCGGCUGCGACCAUGUCACUCCUUCGAGCUUUGCAGAGGCAGGGCAUGCUGACGGACGUGCCACCGCGAUCUUCUGCUGUCACCGAAGGCGUCGUCCGACUAAUCCCGCAGACACUGACACAUGAUGCUUACCUUUCGCAUUCCGACCCCGGCGAUCACGACUUCCCCCUCAAAUUUGUCAAUUCUGCCCUUCAAUGUGUUCCGCAACGUCCCACACUGUCCACCAUCUUCAGGCGCGACAACCUCACCGUCGGAACCCGCGUCAUCAUCGCACAGGAUGCAGACCUUCGAGGCGAGAUCUCGGUCGGCAGCGGCACCGUAAUACAUCCGAAAGCAACCAUCCUCGCUCUUCAAGGACCCAUCUCGAUUGGUUCGAACUGCAUCAUCGAAGAGACGGCUGUCAUCGUCAAUCGCAGAUCUACUCCCAUCAAGAUCGGCGACAACAACUUGUUCGAGGUGGGCUGCCGCAUCGAAGCAGCAUCUGUGGGAUCGUACAACACGUUCGAGGUGAGGAGCAAGGUGGCUCAGAAUGUCAAGAUCGGGUCGUACAGCGUGAUUGGAGCGGGUUGUAUCGUCUUGCCUAGGCCGAUCACGGAUGACCAGCUAGCCGCGAUCUUUGACGAAGAUCAGUUGAAGGACAGACCAACAGCAUCGGAAGAGCAGAGUCAAGCGGAGGGCGAAUCAAUACGCAACUCGACCCAGGCUGAAGCAGAGGAGAUAUGGGAGGAGCUUCCGGAUCAGACGGUCGUGUACGGUGCAGACAAUAGAAGACGCCUGUGGAGCGGAGAAGGAGCACAACAGCAAGCAGCGCUGCACGCAAAGCACCUAGAGUACCUUCGUGAUGCGAUACCGCGUGUACACAAGCUCAAGAUCAUUCAGGGCAUCAGAGCAUCGGCCACGGCUGCACCUGCCGGCUCGACGAGUGCCGCACCAACGGCGUGA